AUGAACGUCAGACUGCGAGGGGGCCUGAAAGCGGGAGUGUGCGCGCACGCGCAGGUGCUGCGCGCCCCCACAGGGCUCAGACACGCCCCGCCCCCAGCCCGCCGCGCGGCGCAGAGCGGUCCCCGUAGUGAUAAGAAGGGGCGGACCAUCGAGUCGGGGCCUCCACAGAGCGCAGAGCGGCUCCGCGGCCGCCCCCCGCGGAAGCACCCGCCUCCUCCCACUCGCAGGUUUUCGAACCCCGCCGGAAGUGAUGUGCGGGAGAUCUGCCUGAACUACACACGGGGGGUGGAUUUCCACUGGCAGGCUAUGGCCUUGCUGGCCCUGCAGGAGGCGGCUGAGGCCUUCCUGGUGCACCUGCUGGAGGACUCGUACCUGUGCGCCAUCCACGCCAAGCGUGUCACCCUCUUCCCCAAGGACAUGCAGCUGGCCCGGCGCAUCCGCGGUUUGCAUGAGGGCCUGGGCUGACUUCUGUGGCCCUCCAGCCAGGGCACCCCGUAGCACCCCACAGUUCCCCUGCCCUGCGCUGUGCAGGGUAGGCAGCUGGGGGCUUUUAAUUUGGACUAAGAUGUUUCCUCCCCGCAAAUCUACCCCAGGGCAGGGGGGUUUUGGAACCUUCCUGGUGCCCCCAACCCUGUGUUUCUGCCCCCCCAACCCUGGGGGUGUCUGAGCUAGCCCCACUGGAGGGGCUCUGACUCCAGUGGGGAGUGCUGAGCCCUGUGGGGAGGUCCUGAACCCCCUGUGGGGGAGAGGGAUCAUGGAUCUCGGGGCCCUGACUUAGGCAGGGGGAGAGGAGAUGGCAACAACGGCUGCUCCUGCCCCCCCUUGCCCCAGGCUCCCUAGUUGCCCCCUCCCCAGCUCUGUGCCCCCUGGGAUCCCUGCUUACCCCCUCUCCCCAAAGUUCCUUCUUCCAUAGUUACCCGUGCCCUGGUCCCUCUUCUUCCCCAUGAUUUUAGCUGGGGGGGCGGGGGGGUGCUUGGAGAGCUGUAGUCUUGGCGAUGCAUUGUUUUCUCUGCUAAUUUAAGGCCAAAUUAAAGCAAUAUUGGAUUUUUCAAGUGGUGCCGGCUGUGGCAGAAAUGCCAGCAUCUGUGUGUCUGUCCAGAGACCUGUCCUGGUCAGCUUGGGACACUGGGGUCAAAUUCCUAAGGGAGGGGGGAUUUCCCUUCCUGCCUACCUGACAAAAGCCUGGUGCCGAGGAUGUGGGCCCUCUGGUCACCUGAGUGGGGGGAGGGAAAAGCCCCUGCUCCUCGGCCCAGGUACCCAGCGAUGAUUUUUAAAUCGGUUGGCUAGUUGCCAACACCGCUGGCUUCUCUUGGCCUGGGCUGCUGAGGCCAGAAAGGCAAUACAGGAACCUGGUCCAAGGAGAAGGGGGAGAGAAGCCAUUUUUCCAGCACGGCCCAAACACCAGGACACAGGGAGAGAGUCUGAUCCAACCGAAACGCUCUCUCUGGAAAUCUCCGAGCCAGAUCUCUACCAUCUUCUGCACGAUACUUGUAAGUGUUUCUAGAGCUAGUCAGCUCCCAGCGAUGCAUUUGCGUAUCAAACGGCGACCUCAGCCAGACUGUUUUGUCAGUGGUAAUCCCUUGAUAUUGCUCUACC